AUGUCGGGCUCUUUGAGCAAAUUGGGAGGAUCAGCGCGUCGUUUGUUCGUCUGCUCCGUCCCAAACGUGUCCAAGAACAAUGCUCAAAUUCGUACGAUUGUGCACAAAAGCCUUUUAAGGUUAGAUUUUCGCCACAUUGAGACAAAUUUAACACUAAUUCAAGUCUCUAUUACUGCUGAAAAUAAAUUGAAAAUUAUACACAUUCGGGGUUUUUCUUCAAAGUUUAGUUUAAAGUUUUUUUUUCCUGUUGCCAUUUUACGGAUAUUUGUACUCCGCUGUGGUGUAUAGAAAGUUCUGACGGUAAAUACUUAUUUCAAGCUGAAAAUUUCAUAAAUUUUGUCUAUCAAUCUAUAAAUUCUUCAUGGAAAUUUGAAGUCAAAAGUCAAGAUUCGGUGUUCAAGGCUACCUGCGGAUUAUCCGGCUGCAUGGGACUACAAAAACCUUGGAUUCAACAAUGUCGACGGCUUCACAGACGAUACUUCCAAACGUUUCCACCAAAACUCCAAGCUCGUCGUCGUUGAAGGAAACAUUGGCGCGGGAAAGGUUUUUCCGAAGUUUUUUGUUGCUUUUCGAAAAAUGGAGAAAUCUCAGAGCACAAUGGCCAAAGAAUUGGCAGAACAGCUGGGAUUCUACCAUAUGCCCGAGUUUCGAAUGGACGACAUUCUAGUUGACCGAUAUGGCAACGACUUGAGAAACUAUUACAGCAAGGUAGGAAAUUAGAAAAAAAUUAGGGUUUGAGUUGUACCCUUUUUGAGAUGCUCAGAGUUUUUGGAAAUUCAUCUUUCAAAGAAAGUUAUUCAUUUCUAAUUUUUCAAAAUACUUGAAAUGAAAAAAAGUGAAUAUAAAAUAAAUCUUUGAAAAGAAAAUCUCUUAACAAAAAUUUAGUCAUCGUAAAAUCCUAUGAAAAUAAAAAUAUGAAUUUAGAAAGUUUAGAUCAAGCAGUUUGGAAAGUUUCAUGAACAUUAUUGCUUCUUCUACACAGAGUUGAACUUUCUUUGAAAAAUCAGAUUCAUAGAACUAUGAGAAAUAAAAAUGAUUAAAUUUGAGUAUUUCGAUAGGGUUCGUUUAUCGAACUUGAUCAAUUUAAUUAAUUUAGUUCCCGAAGCGAUUCCGUAUUCCUGACAUUGAAAUGUUCUACAAGAACCCUAUGGACGAUAUGACUGCCGUUAUGCAAGUGAGCGAACUUUUAUUUAGUUGACAUUUUUUUUAAAUUUUCGAACUAAUCUUUCAAAUCAACAUGAAUAUUCAGGAUCGCAUUUUCAAAUGCCGAUUCGAUCAAUAUUUGAACGCUCUUGCCCACAUUCUCAAUACAGGUAAGAAAUGAAUUAUAGUCUACCUAUCUUUUUUUAUUAUUCAGUGUUUUAUUAUUAUUUUCUUCGUAGAAUGAAAUUUUUUGCCGAAUGGGUACCAUUGUCAUUUCUUCAAUAGGAUCAAAGAGUUAAUAAUUAUCUGUGUUCAAUGGGAACAAAAGAUAUUUACAAAACUCAGGUUCCUAUAAAAUUAGUAGAAAAAAAAAGAGGAGCUUUGAGUUUUUUGUUCCUGAAUGAAUUUUGGAAGAUAUUUCUUUUUUCUCAAGUUUCACUUUGCAGGACAAGGAGUCGUUUUGGAACGAACGCCUCAUUCUGAUUUCGUCUUCACGAAUGCCAUGCGCAGCAAGAGUUUCGUCGGUCCAGAAUGUUUGUUUACUAUUCAUUUCAUCUCUGAUUAUAAGAUUUAGGAGAGAAUAGAAAAAAAAAAUUAUUUUUCAGACUUCAAGCACUACUACUACGUCCGUAAGAACGCUCUGCCGCAUCUUCAUUUUUUUGGCCACACCUCGUCAUUUAUCUUGAUACGCCGGUCACCAAGUGUCUCGAGAACAUUCGACGACGAGGAAACGUUAGUUCUAAAGAGAGGCUCAAAAAAAAAGAAAAAAAAAAAUUAAAUGGAGUUUUCAGAGAGUUGAAAGCGAAAAUUUUCUCUUACGGGAAAUAGAGAUUUUUGAAAAAGUCGACUUUUUUCUGUUUUUUUUUUUUCCUUAAAGGCUAUUUUUCGUAUUUUCGCAGGAAUAGUGUCAAAUAAAAACUUGAGAGAAAAGGGUUUUUUUUUGGUGUACUUCAAAAACAGCUUGCUAACUUUUACCAAAAAUAAACUCGCGCAAAACGAAUUAUCCUCUUCAGAUCAACGAGAUGGCAGCUGUGGACGAGGGCUACCUCAAGAUUAUCGAGGAGUCCUACAAGGAUUCGUUGAAGGAAUACCGUAAACAUUCCAAGAUCCUCGCCUACGAUUGGUCGAAGCCCGGAGACACAGAUGCCGUGAGUGGCGUCGCUGGUUUUGAGAUCCGAAGUCUCUUCAGGUGGUCGAGGAUAUCGAGAGGAUCGACCUCGACUUCUUCGAAUGGCACAGUGGCGACGUUUUGGAAGAAUGGAACACGAUCGUCGACGCCGUUGGCUGGAAUGGAUGGCGCCAGUAGUUCGUUUUUUUCUGUUUCUUCACCUUUUUAAAAUCUGCUCUGCUUAAGUAGUGGGCUUGCAAGUAGGGAACGUAUUAAUCAAAUUGAUUAACGAACAUUGAAGUUAGAACAAGAAGUUCUGUGGAGCACCCUGUGAAACAUAAGAAUUGAGACUUCCGCAAGGCCUAACGAGCUUUGCAACAUUCAGAGUCGCUCAUGUGUGAAUUAAAAAAAGAUUUUUUUAAAAAAACUAUCGUUUAUUUCAUGAACAGACUUUUUUUGCAAGAAAAAAACCUUUUUUUCAAUUUCGAUAAAGUUUUUUUAUCUCGAAUAAUCCAGAGAAUUUUUUUAGCAUUGCCAAAUAGUGAUUUCAGACCAUUUACCAUUUAAUCAUUCACCGCUGCUGUACAGAAUGACAGCUAAAGUUGAAAAAAUUUCAGAAAGUUGUUUCGUCUCGUUUUGAAUUAUUAUGAAGUCUCGUUUUAAAUUAUUAUGAAUCUAGUGUGACCUCCAAGAACGACGCCCAUAUACUCGCCUUUGACGGAAUCGAGAAACACGAAGUCGGAGAACUUUACAUAAAUCCGAGGGACACCGGCGCUUUCAUCCACGCCAUGAGAAAAGAGGUUAUUUCUUUUUUUCCAAUUUUCUUCAUUAAUUUCAAUUGAUAGGUGCUGAAAUCGCCUUUCGGUUACGGCUACAUCGCGAAAAACGGAGACGCGCCUGCCGGCCUUACCAACUGGCACACCGGCCACCAUCUUCCUGAGCCAUGGUUUCAUAGUUUUUUUCUAUUACUGAAAUCGCAACUCACGACAAAUGAUCUCAGAAAAAGGAGAAAAAAAGAUGAAUUUUUUUGAUGGAUUUUCUCUUUUUUUCACUCAUUAGGAAGAUUAGGAGCUUGAAUUUUGGAAUAUUUCAUAAAUUUAGUCAAAAAAAUUAAAAAAGUUGGCAAUGUAAGGCUUGAAAGACAUCUUCUUCACUUGGAUUUUGAGAAUAAUUACUAUCGACACCUUCAAAGAGUUUUGAGGUGACUCAUAAAAAUUUUCAAACUUUUCACUGGAAAGACUUCCUUUUUUGUGGCUAGAAAAUUUUUUCGUAAACCCCUUUUUUUAUUCUUGAAUGAUAAUUUAGGUACGACUAUUACUACAAAGAGGCGUACUACGACGACAUUUCUUCCCACGAAACCAGCCUCGAUUUGGAUUCUGACACCUACGACCCCGAUUACGCCCAUCACCAUCACUAG